CCGCUGCGCGUCACGCGGAGGCGGAGCUCGUGCGCUCCCGUCGACGUGCAGGCGCAGGGCAGCAGGCAGAGGGCAGCAGGCUGGGUCCGCCUCAUCCCGACUGGAUCGCAGGACCGGCAGCAUCCUCCUCCGUCCGCACCGACGACGAAGCACGGGAACAGCGCAACCGUCCACGGGAAACGGCACAUUCUUCACGACGGCGCCGAGAUGCUCGCCUGCACCGAGAUGAUCACUAUGUGUCUGCAGUCCGCCAAGCGCGAGCACCUGAGAAAGCAGCAGGCGCUCGACCACAACCAAAACCAAGGCGCCUCUCUCUUCCAGGAUAUAUUCCGCCGGGCGGACAAAAACGACGACGGGAAGUUGUCUUUGGAGGAGUUCCAGUCGUAUUUCACGGAUGGCAUCCUCACUGACGAGCAGAUGCAGGAGCUCUAUCACUCCAUCGACAGGCAGCAGCCAGAAAACCUGGACAUAGACAAGCUCUCAGAGUACUUCAUUCCUCAUGUGGGAGAAUACGUCAAUGUUCUGUCUGCUCUGGAAAAGCUGAAUGUGGCCAUUCUGAAGGCCAUGGACAAGACUAAAGAGGAGUACCAGGGCUCCUCGGUGCUGGGCCAGUUCGUGACCCGCUUCCUGCUGAGGGAGACCUCCACCCAGCUGCAGUCGCUUCAGUCGUCCCUCGACUGCGCGAUGGAGGCCGUGCACGACCAGGGCUGCACCGGGCGGAGGGCGCCGCAGACGCCCCAGGACCUGCCCAUCCAGAGGGCGGCCAAGCGCCCCGGCCGACGCAUCCAGAAGAACAUGUGUCUGUCCCCGACCGACCCGUACUCCGGCAUGCUCACCACAGGGGUCAGCGUGGAGCCAGACAACCACUGGGGAUCCCAGCUCAACCAGCUGGAGCAGCUCAUAGACAAGCUGGAGUGCGAGAGUCCACAUCUGGAACCUCUGAAAGAGGACACAUUAGCAGGAACGUAUAAGUCGAACAUCCUUCUUGUCCAGAGACAAAUGUCUGUGAAGGAGAGCGACGUGGAGCCGUUUCAGCGAGCUCUCAAGACCUACUCAGACUCCACCAGCAGCCAGGCCAACAACCUGCACGUUUCAGUCCAGAACCUGCCAGACAGAUCGUGCUUCAUCAUGUACGAGUUUUGGCAGGACCGUCUCUCCUGGAUGAGCCAUCUGCAUUCGUCCGCCAGCAAGACCUUCCAGCGCUGCGUCAUCGACUCACUGGAGGAGCCGGAGAUGGUCUCUACCAUGCUCCUCCCAGCCUCUUGGUGGAUCAUGAACAACAACUGACCGGACAAAGCUGAUGAUAGUCUACACAACAAAACCAGGAGUAUGAGCGAUUUUUUACCUAUUUCACGUCCACUUUCUCCUCGUGGCAUGACCAGGAUUGUUUUUGCAAAGCCAGUUGCAAGGUUAUAAAAAAUAUGAUUGUUUAGAUUGCGAAGCAAACUCUGGUGAGAACGAACUGAGGUAAUGCAAUAUUCUGUUGUGUGUUCAGGACCUGUGGCAAACGUUGUUUCACAAUAUCGGCACAUUCCUUGAUUCCUUUUAAUGCACAUGAGAAAAAACAAACACGUUUUGCAUGAUGACUCUGUGCUACUUUGUUGCAUUUACACAUCUUAGCGUAGAUUUCAUUUAAAUCCAAACCGCUUGGUCGCCCAUCGCUGAUCGUCUGCUACAGACAAAGACGGAUCUCUGCAUUUCCUCCUGCUCCCUCUGUGACGUCGUGCUUCGUUGUUGUUUUCAGAGCUUUGCUGCCGAGCGUCUUCGUGUGAGGCGAUUAGACAGACGUUACAUAGAACAGAUGAUGUGAUUAUGGUCCAUUUUUAACUGUUAUCGUUUGUGCAUCACUUCUGCACUUUAAAAAAACACAACAAACUAGGACCUUAUUGUGAAGAGCAGAUAUUUAUUUUAGGUAGUCGAUGGAAAACGUAGAAUCAACUGCUGUUACUGUGCAAUGAGCCAAGAGUUGCCCUCAAGUGUAGUGAGACAUUAACAGGACUACAAUGUACCAAAUAAUUACUUAGUUUGCCUGAAGUGUUAAUCUAGUAUUAAAACCUAAAAGCCAUUAUUUAGCAUUUUCAGUGCAUAAACAAUACACAUAAAUACAAGAUUAUAUUUUGAGCAUUAGAACAUUUAAAUGAGAUUCACUAGGAUCAUGUACAUUAAUGAAAACAGAAGUAACUGUCGUAUAUCUGGCAAUGUGACAAUGUGAGAGAUGAAUGUGUUCACUUAUUCAAGUGUUUAUCAUUUCUUUUAUGAAGAGUAUAAAAUGUUAUGUGGAUGUUUUCUGGCAUGAAAUAAAGUUCUUGCUGAUGAUGAUGACAUGUAAAAA